GGGUUCCAGUUGCUCUGGUGUCACUUCUCUGCUGGGGUGCUGGAGCCUGACGUAGGGAAGAGGCAGCGGCAGCUUCAGGAGGUCUCAGGUCUCAUGGCUCUGAAUCUCCUUCUUCCCCAUGAGGGAAGCCUGGAGGAGGAUGGCGGGUCCCCCAGGGACCCCUUGGCCCCAGACCAGGAAGUGGUGUCGUUCAGGGACGUGGCUGUGGACUUUACCGAGGAGGAAAGGGGGUGCCUGAGCCCUGCUCAGUGGCAGCUCUACAAGGAGGUGAUGCUGGAGAACUACAGGAACCUGGUGUCCCUGGGGCUCAUAGAGGACAAACCAGACCUGGUCUCCUGGCUGGAACAAGAGGAAGAGCCAUGGGCCUUGGACCUGCAGGGAGAGGGCCCCAGGAGCCCCUGUCCCUGGGGAGGAGACCCUUCCGCCCGGUGUCGAGGAGCCCGUGGAUGUCACAGCCCCUCUGGGCCCUCAGCCUGGGAUUCUAGACUUGAGAACCAGGAGGAGUCACUUGGAAGACAAAAAGGAAGAGGAUUGUUGUGGACAUUUGUGGACGGCCCUAGAAGGUGCGUUGUUCCCCAGGUCCCCACAUUUUGGGAGAGUCCUUACCGGGAGGUCAUGUUAUGGAAACAAAUGGGAAGCCUUGCAGGGGAGACUCCAAGGAAAGGCCUUUCCCAGGAAAAAGAUCUCAGCCAGUCGACUGUCCUGGCACCCACUGCACAGGGAGACCAUGCAUGUACUGACUUGGGAAGGAGCUUUGGUCAGAGCAUGCCCAAGCACCCAGGACUGAGGGCUCCUGAUGAACAUGGGAAUCUUCCCCAUGAUCAGCAGAACAGAAAUGAACCCUGUGAUUUGGAAGAAGGUAGACAGAAUUCUGGCAAGCGGUCACCUUGUAUUCAAAAUCAGAGAUCUCAUGGUGAAGAGAAACCUUAUAAAUGCAGGGAAUAUGGCAAGGCUUUCAGCAACCAUUCAGACAUCAUAAAUUGUGAGAGAACUCGAGAGACAGAGAAACCCUAUAAGUGUAGUCAUUGUGGAAAGGCCUUUCGGUGGAGCUCAGGUCUCACUAAACACCAGAAAACCCACUCUUGUGAGAGAGCCUGUGACUAUACAGAGUUUGGGGAGGCCUUCAACCAGAACUCAGAUGUUACUAAAAAUGACCAACUUCAGAGUGGAAAGAAGCCAUACAAGUGUAAGGAAUGUGGGACCGCCUUCACUUGGCGCUCAUACCUCAUGGAACACCAGAGAACUCACACUGGUGAGAAACCUUAUGAAUGCAAGGAAUGUGGGAAGGCUUUCAGUCAGAGCUCCAGCCUUACCAAACACCAGAGAAUUCACACUGGAGAGAAGCCAUAUACAUGUAAGGAAUGUGGAAAUGCUUUCAGGCAGAACUCACAUCUUAUUCGACACCAGAGAAUUCACACUGGAGAGAAACCUUAUGAGUGCAAGGAAUGUGGGAAGGCAUUCAGCCAGAGAUCAGACAUUAUUAAACAUGAAAGAAUUCAUAGUGGAAAUAAACCAUAUGAGUGUAAGGAAUGUGGGGCAGCCUUCAGUUGGCGCUCAUACCUCAUUGAGCAUCAAAGAACUCACACUGUUGAGAAACCUUAUGAAUGUAAGGAUUGUGGGAAGGCCUUUAGCCAGAAUUCAUCCCUUAUUCAACAUCAGAGAAUUCAUACUGGAGAAAAACCUUAUGAAUGUAAUGAAUGUGGGAAGGCCUUCAAACAGAGAUCAUCCCUUAUUCAGCAUUAUAGAAUUCAUACUGGAGAGAAACCUUUUGGAUGUAAAGAAUGUGGGGCAGUCUUCAGUGGGCACUCAGGUCUUAUUCACCAUCAGAGAAUUCACACUGGUGAGAAACCUUAUGAAUGUAAGGAAUGUGGGAAAGCCUUUAGGCAGAGCUCUGCCCUCAUACAUCAUCAGAUAACUCAUACUGGAGAGAAACCUUACAAAUGCAAAGACUGUGGGAAGGCAUUCCGCAGGAACACGGUUCUUACUGAACAUCAGAGAAUUCACACUGGAGAAAUACCUUACAAAUGUAAGGAAUGUGGCAAAGCCUUCAUCCAGAGAUCAGCUCUUAAUCAACACCAGAGACUUCAUACUGGAGAGAAACUCUAUAAAUGUAAAGAAUGUGGGAAGGCCUUCAGCUGCAAUUCAUCCCUUACUCAACACCAGAGAGUUCACACUAAAGAAAAACCUUAUCAAUGUAAGGAAUGUGGAAAGGCCUUCAACUGGAGCUCAUCCCUUACUCAACAUCAUAGAAUUCACACUGGAGAAAAACCUUAUCAAUGUAAGGAAUGUGGGAAGGCCUUUACCAACCGAGCCUCCCUUAUUAAACAUGAAAGAACUCAUAGUGGAGAGAAACCCUAUGAAUGUGAGGAAUGUGGGACAGCCUUCAUUCAGAGAUCAAACCUUACUAAACACCAGAGAAUUCACACUGGGGAAAAACCUUAUCAAUGUAAGGAAUGUGGGAAGGCCUUCACCAACCAGUCCUCCCUUAUUAAGCAUGAAAGAAUUCAUAGUGGAGAGAAACCUUAUCAAUGUAAGGAAUGUGGGAAGGCCUUCAACUGGAGCUCAUCUCUCACUGAACAUAUUAGAAUUCACACUGGAGAGGAACCUUAUAAAUGUCUAGAAUGUGGCAAAGCCUUCAGAAAGAGCUCAUUAUUUACUCAACAUCAUAGAAUUCACACUGGAGAGAAGCCGUAUACUUGUAAAGAAUGUGGCAAGGCCUUCAGGCAGAUGUCUUCCCUGACUCGGCACCAGAGAAUUCACACUGAAGAGAAGCCUUAUGAAUGUAAGGAAUGUGGGAAGGCUUUCAGUAAUAGCUCCAAUCUUACUAAACAUCAGAGAAUGCACAGUGGAGAGAAGCCUUAUAAAUGCAAAGAAUGUGGAAAGGCAUUCACCAACUGUUCAUCCCUUAAUAAUCACAAAAGAAUUCAUAGUGGAGAAAGAGUCUAUGAAUUUAAGCAAUGCGAAUCAGCCUUCAGUUGGAGCUAAGUUCUUACUCAAUGUAUAUUUUAAAAAGUAUCCUGGAGGAGUAUUCAUUAAUGUAAUGAAUAUGGGAAAGCCUUGUGUAUGAAGGGGUGAGGUCUUACUGAAUUUCAGUAAAUCCAUCCUGGACAGAAACCCCAAGAAUGCAGUGAAUGUGGAAAAUCUUUCAGGCUUUACCACUACUGAAAUCACUUUGUAGGGAAUGCCUACAAAUGUAAAGAGUGUGGGAAAGAAAUGAGUGGUUUCAAGUCAGCCUUGUUCUCUUUCAUCACUUCCAAAGAGUAAUAUAUUUGCCAAAAGUGAAGGAAAACCCCCAAAAUAUAGAGGGCAAAGAAAUCAUUACAAGGAAAAACCUUUCAGAAAAAAAAUAGCAGUCAGAUUGUAGUAUCGAGCAUACAAAAAAGAGCUCCAAAUAUAAUGAAAGAAUGAUAUUAGGUAAAAGAAAGUUAACAGACAUCUCCGAAAGAAGAGAAUAAUAGCGCAAUACUAACUAGACACUCAUGAAAAUGAGACUGCCACGAAGACCCCCAAAGUGAUUGAAAGGCUUCUAAAAAGAAUUGACAAUUUUAGAAGGAACAUUGGAGCUCAUCAAAUAGAAUUAGAAAAGAUAAACAAGAAAAUUAAUAGUUCAGAACAGAAAGUGGAAAUUCUUAAUUUCAGUGGCUGCACUAAGAGUAUCAGAGCUAUAAUCCAAACAUUCCAAUGUGCAAAAAGGAAUAUUGGAACAGGCUUGAAAAUUGGCAAAUUUGAAGAACAACUGAAGUCUUUUUGGACAAAAGCAAAGCAAUUGACCUUAAAGGUAGUGGUCUAGACAAUCUGAGAACUGUUGGCAUCCCAGAAAAAAAAACUGAUAAAAUAUAGAGCCUGAAUUCCAUAUUUUAAUAAAUCCUGCUCAAAAAGAGCCCAGAAGGAUUUGAAUGAGUAGCCUAGAAUUCAUUAAAUCUAAGAACACAGACUUCUAUGGUAAGGACUCCCAAUUUGACAAGAACUGGGAAAAUUGGAAAUGUUUGGCAGAAAUGAGCUUUAGAUAUGCAACUCACGCCAAAAUAAACUACAAAUGGAUAUGAACCUUGAAUACAAAUAGUCACACCAUUAAAAAUAAAGGGGGAAAGAAGGAAUUAUCUAUUUUUUUACAGCUAUAGUGAAGUAAAGAAUUCUUGACCAAACCAUAGAUUGAAGUGAUCACUUAAGUCAAAAGAGACAAUUAAGUUACACAAAACAAAAAAGGUUUUGCACAAACAGAAGUGAUGCCACAAGAAUAGGAAGAGAAACUACACUGGGAGGGAAAAUCUGUGUCAAAUAUCACUGAUAAAAGUCUGAUAAACGAAGAUGUCUAGGGAAUUAACAGAACUGUAUAACACUAAAAUAACCACGUGGUCAGAGGAUAUACAUCGUUUUCAAAAUAAAAGAAUUGAAACCAUAAUGGCCUGAUGAAAACAUACUCUUGAUUUACUCAUCACAAAAGAAAUACAAACUCAAAAAAACAUUUAAAAGGUUUCACUUCAAGCCCUACGAGUUGGUAAAGGUGACCAAAAAAGGAGAACAGUCACCAUUGAAGGAGUGGAGGGAAUAUAGGCAUAUGAAUGAACUUUGGGUAAAGAUAUGAAUUGCCCCAACCAUUCUGGAUAACAGUUUAAUAUUAUACAUGAAACGUGACUAAAUGGUUCAUACCAUUUAGAACCCCCCAUGAAUGUCAAUCAGAAAUAGAUUCAGUAUAUACCAAAAUAUUCAUGGCAGCUGUGUAUGUGCAUGUGUGCACAUGCAUGUGAAUGUGUAUGUGUGUGCAUGUGUGUGCACGUGUGUGUGUGUGGUAGCGAAGAACUGGAGACAAAGUAGGUGCCUACAUUUUGGGAAAGGCAGGACAACUGACAUGUGAAUGUAAGGAGUAUCAUUUUGUUGCAAGAAGUAAUGAAUAUGAGGAAUUCUGAGAAACAUGGGGCAUUUGUAGGAACUAACAGUGACAUCAGCAGUACCCGAACAAAUAAACAGUAGCUAUCACAGUGGAACUUCAAAGAACGUCCAAAGGAAAGCGAAUGAAGAAGGGCUCUAGGGGUCCUGGACUGCUUGGGCAGAAUGUUACUUUGUGGGUUGAGGUCACUGUGUGGAUUGUAUUUGCCGAAUUGUCUUUCUUUGAUACAAGAGAAGAUACAGUUUAGGGACACAGAAGAGAUGGUAUAAUGGGAGAUAACUAUGUUGUAAAAAGAAAAGGCAUAAAUAAAACUUUAAAAAAAAUGAGAAUGAUUUGAAAACAUUUUAUAGAGCAGUUAUCUCUGAUAAAGGACCAAUAUCCAGGGUAUGUAGGAUAUUGAUACAACUACAGAAUACCGAGAACCAGGGGCAGCUAGGUGGUGCAGCAAAUAGAGCACCAGCCCUGGAGUCAGGAG